ACCCUAGGCCUAAACUUACGCCUCUCUACCCCCAUGACAUCUUUAUAUAUGACCCACACCCAAACAGCCAAACACACAUCAAAAAUCAUCUCUUAUCUAAUCUAGGGUUUCUUAUUCCUCAAUCAUCAUCUCCACCUAAAUUCCCCCCUAAUUAGAUCUAAAAAUCCAAAUCUAUAACUCCUUAAUCGUUCAUCAGCAUCAUCUCCGUCACAGAUCUAACGAAUCUCGCCCUAAUUUGUUCAAUUUCAAACAACAGAUCAACAUCUGUUUUAAUUUGUGAUUUUUUUGUGCAUAAUUUGAGACCGCAUAAGACGAAUUCAAUCAAUCCAACGCAAAAACUUCAUGAUUGAUUACCGAUCUAUACGUAUAUGAAUCUGUACAACAAACAAUCAUAAAUCGAAGAAGACGAAGGUGAAACGAGAGAGAUUGAUUACCGAUCUAUACGAAAAAUGUAUAAAUCGGUGGUGGCGGUUUACGAUGGGGAAAAGUUUAUCGGUGAUGUGGAGGCGUGUUUUGAUUAUGAUUUGAUGAAUAAGAAUGCGAAUUUGAAGGAUAAAAUCAGGAUUUCGUAUUAUUCAACACCGAGUGAGAGAUGUUCGCCACUUGCUGUUCUGUACACAAUCAGUACACCACCGUCUAGGGUUUGCUUGAAACUGGAGUCCAACAAUGUCAACGUGAACUCGCAAUUGAGUCUUUUGCACGCUACGUGUCUCGGAGAAAACAAGACUGCUGUUGUCUCACUUGGUGGAGAUGAACUGCACUUGGUGGCAAUGCGUUCUAGAAGAAACGACUUAUUUCCAUGUUUUUGGGGAUUUAUCAUUGCGCCAGGGCUUUAUGAGUCAUGCUUAGUUAUGCUGAACCUAAGAUGUUUGGGCAUCGUAUUUGACCUUGACGAGACUCUCAUAGUAGCCAAUACUUUGAGGUCAUUUGAGGAUCGAAUUGAAUCCUUACAAAGGAGACUAAGCUGUGAAGCUGACCCGGCACGUAUUGCUGGUAUGCUUUCCGAGAUUAAACGAUAUCAAGACGAUAGAAAUAUCUUAAAACAAUAUGCCGAAAGUGAUCAAGUUGUUGAAAAUGGCAAGUUAAUCAAAGCAGAGUCUGAGGUUGUCCCUGCUUUAUCAGACAAUCAUCAAACUGUUGUUCGCCCACUUAUAAGAUUGCGAGAGAAGAACAUCAUCCUCACCCGUAUCAACCCACUGAUUCGUGAUACAAGUGUUCUUGUGCGAUUGAGACCUGCAUGGGAAGAUCUUAGAAGCUACUUGAUUGCAAGAGGACGAAAGCGUUUUGAGGUUUAUGUUUGUACAAUGGCUGAAAGAGAUUAUGCUUUGGAAAUGUGGAGGCUUCUCGAUCCAGAUUCAAAUUUAAUAACCAUAAAAGAGUUGUCGAACCGUAUCGUGUGUGUGAAAUCCGGGUUGAAGAAAUCACUCUUUAAUGUUUUUCAAGAUGGGAACUGCCAUCCCAAAAUGGCAUUAGUUAUAGAUGAUCGUUUGAAAGUGUGGGAUGAGAGAGAUCAACCUCGUGUUCACGUCGUUCCUGCUUUUGCUCCAUAUUAUGCUCCUCAAGCUGAAGCAAACAGUGCUGUUCCUAUCCUUUGUGUUGCUAGAAAUGUUGCUUGCAGUGUCAGAGGUGGUUUUUUCAAGGACUUUGAUGAUAGCCUUCUGCAACGAAUCAAUGAAGUCGCAUAUGAAGAUGAAAUAAAAGAUAUUUUGCCUCCAGACGUCAGCAACUAUUUGGUUUCUGAGGAUGAUGCUUCUGCUUUAAAUGGGAACAAAGAACCACUUGGUUUUGAUGGGAUGGCCGAUGCUGAAGUAGAAAGAAGGUUAAAGGAGGCUAUAGCUUCAUCAACCAUUGCUCCAGUGAUGCCUAAGCUUGAAACUGUACUUAAAACAGCUUUCCAGUACAAUUCUACACCUGCACCACCUGCAUCAACGCCUAUUGUGCCACCAGGGCCAAUCGUCCAAUGCGCUAACAAGCAGCUGCUAUCUGUACUUGAACCAUUAACUCAAGUGAGCCAUCAAGAAACAAGUUUGCAUAGUUCUCCUGCAAGGGAAGAAGGUGAGGUGCCAGAAUCUGAACUCGACCCCGAUACAAGACGCAGGCUCCUCAUUUUACAACAUGGUAUGGAUAUGAGAGAACCAGCCACCAGUGAACCACCACAGUUUCCUGUAAGACCACCUCCAAUGCAAGUUUUAGCUCCUCGGGUCGAGCCACAUGGCGGGUGGAUUCCAUUGGGUGAAGACAUGGGUCCAAGACAGUUUAAUCGAAUAGCACCAUCUCCUAAAGAAUUUUCUUUGCAUUCUGAACAACCUAUGCAUAUUGACAAAAAACACUCUUUUCGUGCACCACCCUUUGGUCAAAAGGUGGAAGCUUCUAUACUGCCUGAUAGAGUUGUUGAAAAUAUGAGGCCACCUAAGGAGGUCCUUCAAAGAGACGAUAGGUUGAGGUUAAGCCAUUCACCUCCUGUUCACCCCUUGUUCCAAGGGGAGGAAAGCUCCUUGCGGCAUUCAUCAUCAAGCAAUGGGAAUAUGGAUAAUGAAACCGGCGGCAAUGAUACGUUUGCUGAAUCUCCUGCUGAAUAUCUACAUUAUAUUGCUUUUAAGUGUGGAACCAAGGCUGAGUUCAGGUUGGCUCUGGUCCCUGGCAUCAAACUGCAGUUCUCUGUUGAGGUAUGGUUCGCUGGAGAGAAAAUCGGUGAUGGAACUGGGAGCACGCGUAGGGAAGCUCAACACCAUGCUGCCGAGUCAUCUCUUAUGAAUUUGGCAGAUAAGUAUUUAGCGUGUCUAAAACCUGGAGAUGAGGGGGGGCUUAUAAAUGAUGGGAGUCCUUUUAGACAUCCGUCUUUGCUAAGGGAGGAAUCUACUUCACUUCCAAGUGCAUCAGUACCAGCAAAGCUAGAGAUUCCCAAGAAAAGCUCAAUUGAUGCACUUAAUGAACUAUGCACGAUUGAGGGUUUGCACAUGACUUUUCAACCUCAGCCUCAAGUUUUAACUGGUAUGGGUGUGAACAAUGAACUAUAUACACAGGUUGAAAUAGAUGGGGAUGUGUGGGGUAAGGGAGUUGGGAUGACAUUGGAUGAAGCUAAGAUGCAGGCUGCGGAAGCUGCUUUUCAAAAUCUGAAAGCAAAGAUUGGCCAAUUCCCUAAAAAACGUCAACUUUCUUCUAGAUCAUUUCAAGGAAUGCCAACGAAACGGUUUCGACCAGAGGACCCAAGAGUUAUGCAAAGAAUGGCAGCAUCAGCAAGAUACCCCAAGCACAACGCCUCUCUCGUUCCUUGACAAACUUGCAAAUAUCCUUGCUACAAAUUUCCAACCGUACCUUGGACAAGUUACAAAAUCUCCUUUCCUUCCUUGACAACUUACAAAAUUGGUCCAUAGAAUGGUUCUUUAUUAACAUUCCUUUACCAUGCUCGGCUUUGUUAAAUACCCAUCUGUGAAUGAACCACCCUUUCGAGCCAAGACCUUUUGGUUGUUUUUUGAACUUAGAUCCAUUGAGAUGGAGAAAGCAGAGAUUGUAUCUGACUUUGACUUGGAGCUUUAGUGGCCCAUCCUCUGUUUUUGGUCUCUUUUUGCCGCCAUGAUGGACGGAAAACCUCUUACCGCCAAUGCCUAAAACUGGGAUUGAGAAUCAAUACAGUUUCUUGGUUUGGGGUGAAGGAUGGCUGGUAUUGUUUGAGAUUUGGAAGCAACCGUCAUGCUGCCAAAGAUGAUUUUUAAGAUGAUGGUGCUGCAUGCAACUUUGUACUUUUGUAGUUGCUAAUGUCCAAUGUCAAAUGAUUUUUAUUCAUUUA